AAGGAAUUAAACCGGAUCACCCUGCUCUGUCUUUGUUGGUUUUGUCUUUUUCAUUCCUUACAACGUUUCCAGUGUGAAUUCGUAUAAUAUUAGCAUUUUUUAUUUCCGUACCGCUAAAUGGUUUACUAUUGUGUUCACAGAUUUUUUGACAAAAAGGAACAGGAAGAUGGCGUUGAGCCCAGAUGAUAGAAUACUGGGAGAGAAGGUAGACAACUAUUGUAGUAGUGAUGAGGGUGAACGAGAGGAUGAGGAAGAGGAGAUUGUAAAAUCUGAACCAAAAACUGCCAGUAUUCCAGAACCACGAGUAAAGGAUUACAGUGGCUUCUCCACAAAUACAGGACCAAAGGGUGUGAUUAACGACUGGCGGGAAUACAAAAGACUGGAAAAUGAGAGACGAGAGGAGAAAGAAAGAGAAAAGCAGGCACUGGCUAAAAAACUACAGCUGACUUGUAGAUCUCACUUAGAUGAUGAAAGAGAGAAAGAAAAUGACGAGAAAUUCCUGGAAGAGUUGGAAAGUAUGGAGGAUGAAUUUUUAAAAGAAUACCGCCAGAAAAGGAUAGAAGAAAUGAGAUUAGCCUUGCAAAAUAUACCUAAAUUUGGCAAAUUGAUAGAAAUAUCAUCUGCUAAUUUUGUGAGUGAAAUCGAUAAAGAACAACCACAAGUCAUCGUCAUAAUUCAUCUGUACGAAGACGAUGUUGAAGCCUGCGAAUCCAUGAAUGGUUGUUUAAACUGUCUUGCUCAGGAAUAUCCCACAGUCAAAUUCUGUAAAAUCAGGGCCUCGGAUGCAACCCUUAGUUUGAAUUUUUCAAAGAGUGGUGUGCCUGCCUUAUUGAUUUACAAAGGGGGAGAACUCAUAGGAAACUUUGUCCGACUGUCAGACGAACUUGGGGAGGAUUUCUAUGCCACUGAUCUCGAGAGCUUCUUACAUGAACAUAGUUUUUUACCAAAUCCAGAUAUAAACAACAAGAUUAUUUACGACCGAAUCACUGGAGAGAAAAGAGUCCCGACUGCUGAGGAUGAAGACAGCGGCAGUGACUUUGACGUCGAUUAACACAAAUAAGCUUCAUCAAUACAAUGUCAUGAAUCAUUUGUGUUCCUUUUUUAUGGUUUUAUUUGUCUUCAGAGGAAUCAAACUUUAUAUAUUUUUUUUUUUUUUACCUUGGUAACUUCAUAGGCAUAUAAUGUUUCACCUUGAUUGGGUUUGUAUUUACAUGUGAAAUUCUACAUUUGUACAUGUUAGCUACCAGUAAGUGAACUGGUACAUGUAUGUGUAAAUGAUGAGCAAGAUAUUUUUAAAAUUAUUUUAUAGACAUUGCACUUGGAACAUAUUUUAUUUAAUCUAAGAAUCUUUAGAAAAUAUAUGUUACCUUUAAGUAAGAACAUUAGAAAAUUCUA